AGAAGAUAGUGGAACAUUAGGAAAAAAUAUGGGAGUGAUAGCAUUGACUUGUUUCCUUAACGCGAUUCGAGGGGAAGCCCCAAAUUUACGUAAUGGUCUGCCUUCAAAUCCAAAGCUGCCUCCUCUCCUUUCCAUUCCAAAGCCGUCUUGGGUCGUCAGAACUGAGUCGAAUGUUCGCAAAGAAAGAAGAAAGCAGCCAGAUCAUCCUUGUGUUGUAUGUAAAGGGAAUGGCAGAGUCGAGUGCUACCAUUGCCAUGGCAGAGGGAGGACUAACUUUAUGGACGUAGAGGUGCUUCCAAGAGGAGAAUGGCCGAAAUGGUGCAAGACUUGUGGUGGAACUGGGCUUGGAUACUGUUCUCGUUGCCUUGGGACCGGUGAAUACCGAUAUAUAAUGGGAUUUCAUUUCAUGAAACGGGAUGAUGAACCUGAAGUUUGAACCAAACUGCUCCGGGAGGAGCUUCAAACUGUGGAAUGAUGUUCCAGUAAUCAGUAUAGUAAUCCGACGAGUGAAUAUGGGCUAAAACUCAUCUGGAUCAAGUAGCGAAGGCCAACAGACAAUGGAAAUGGAAAUGGAUUGGAUGAAGAAAGACAGCAGAGGAUUCAGCAGAAGUAAAGGUUUCAGUGGAAAUUCUUAACAAAAGAAACUUCAUUUCUAUAUAAUCUUUCAACCUAACUCGUUAUGAUAUGAAUGUUUCAACAAUUGCAUAAAAGGAAUGAUUUACUUGGUCAAUAUACAAUUCUUUUUUUUUAAUAAGUUUUACAUUGUAUAUUACUGUCAGUUCUUUUAUUUCAAUGCUUCAAUUGUAGCUUUGA